AUGCCUGGUUUCCGAGACUCGUUCUGGACGCCCGACUAUGCGUCGGGACUGGGCGUUCUGUAUGGGAAGUUGCAGCAAGGCGUGGUGGAGAACAGGCAAAUCUUGACCAUUGCGUCGAUGCGUGCAGAUGCAGAGGAACAGUACGGUCUCCGCAUGGGAGACAUUGCCCCGAGCGUGGACAGGAUGACAGCCGCAGGAUUCGGCAAGGACGACGGUGCAAGUGUCAGAAAGGCAUACGAAGGAAUCCGAACCGAGAUGGUCGAGGCCUCGAGAAAUCACCAGAAGAUCGCCAAUAAUAUCCGCGAAUUGGUCGUUGCGCCAUUCCGACGCUGGGGCGAGCAGCAUGAUCUACGUGUUCAGUAUUCGCAUGAUCUCCUCCAGUCGCGCAUCAAGGAACACACGAAACAGGCGGAUUUGGUGCGGAAACUGCGCAGUACUUAUUUCAAUAAGUGUCGUGUUGUUGAGGACCUGGAGGAAGAGAAUAAGCUUGCCUUCCAGGAUCCUGAAACGAGUCCUAAGGUCCAGCCUCCCCCCAAGAUUGUUUUGCCUGCUGAAGAGGAGCCUGAUGAGGAUCCUAUUGAGUUGGGCGAGCGCAUUUUCUCGCCGGACCAGAUCAAGCAGUUGCUCUCUCAUAUGCUUCACAACAUCAAGCUUGGCGAGGCCAAGGUUCCCAUUAUCGGAACGUAUCUGAAUGUUUCUACCGGUGCGGACAUUGCGCAAUACAUCCAGACCUAUAUGGAGGCCGAUAACCUCGCCCAAGUGGAGCGGAUUGGUCAGGAUAUGGUGGACAAUGGUCUUCUUCGGUUGGUUGGAAACAUGGGCAACGUCUUUGCCAACAGCUCCAAGAUGAACUACCAAUGGCGUCCUAAGGUCUUCCAGCUUACUGGUAUUCCCGAGAAGAAGAAGCCUCUCAUGCGUGUUACUUCCAUGGCAUCCAGCGAAGACGGCAGCAGCACCGACUCGCCCAUUGCAUCUGUCUCUGAGAUGCUUUCUGGGUGGAACCCCCUCAACAACCCCUACCCGAACGAGACACCUUCAGAGAAGCUCCGCAGAGAAGCCCUCGAAGCCGAUGAGCGGUAUAAGGUUGCCGUGCGCAAGCUUGACCAGAUCCGCUGCCGCCUUGAGGAAGAGAUCAUUGACCAACUCAAGUAUAUGGAGCAGUGCGAACUGGAUCGUCUCAAGGCUAUCAAGGCCGUUGUGCUCGAUUUCUCUGGCGCUAUCAGCAAUGUCAUUCCUAACCUGCAGAGCACGGUUGAUCAUAUGAUGCUGUACCAGGAGACUAUUCAGCCUCUUGGUGACUUGAGAUAUCUGCUGGAGAACUACCGUACUGGUGGAUUUGUGCCUAAGAUUCAGGCAUACGAGAACUAUUACGGUUCCGUUGAAGAACAGAACUUUGGUGUUGAUCUUGAGGCCAGAGCCCGCGUCGAUCGCAAGCGUGUGCCUAUUCUCGUCACCACCAUUUUGACCUACCUCGAUAACCGCUACCCCGAACUAGAAGGCGACGAGGCAAGGCGAAUGAUCUGGCUGACUGAUGUUGGCCUGGACAAGACCCACAAGCUUCGUGCUAUAUUGAACAACAGCAAGGCCGACUACAAAGAGAUCCUGCCACAAUUCCAAAUUCCCGUCAUUGCCAGCGUUCUGAGAUUAUACCUGCUUGAACUGCCAGACUCCCUGGUUUCCUCCCAAGUUUACGAAAUUGUGAAAACGAUCUACUCCACCACCGCUAACGAGACCACGGAAGACGGACGAAUCAAGGUUCUGCAGAGCACCCUUGGACAACUCCGUCUCGUCAACAUCGCUACGCUUGAUGCCAUUAUGACUCAUUUCACGCGCCUGAUUGAUUUGACCUCUGCCGACGAAGAAUACGUCACUUUGUUGGCUCAGACUUUUGCUUCUUGCAUUCUUCGCCCUCGCGUAGAGAAUGCCCUGACCAUGAACGAGCGCCACAGCUAUCGUCUUAUCCGCGACCUGUUCGCCCACAAGGAUGCCAUCUUUGGCGAACUGAAACGCCAGUCGAGUGCCCUCGGACUCAGCAGCUCCGGCUCGAACCGCCCCCGCGCCAUCAGCACAGAUGAGAGCAACCGUCGUGCAGCAAUGGAGGCCCGCCAGCGUGCCAUUGUCAACCGCAGCCGAGCCACCAGCCCCGCCACCCGCCAAAGACACCGACGUGACCGCUCCAGCGGAGCAUCAGAGACUGGCCGGUUCCCAAUCAACGUCAACAGCCCCUCAGACCGCAGAGCCACUCGCGGCCCUAGUCUGGACGUGCCAACAAACAGCGGAUCCCCCACUGCCUCUGAGAACGCACCCACAGUGAACACCCAAAUGACGGAAGCAGUCACCAACGGCGCCUCAGCCGAAUCCCCAGACUCAAUCGCCGCCAGCACAAGUGGCUACUCCGACUCGCCAAGUCCCCCUCCUAUUCCCGAAACUGCCUCCGACGGCUCCCCAACUCCAACCCCGACCCCAUCCGCUCAAUCCACAGAGUUCGAUAAGCGUAACUCUAUCCCCCGCUCUGCUGGUGGUCGCUACACCCGCAAGCCGGGUCUCGGUAGCUUAUCCAACUUCCCUACUGGCUCGGCCGUCGGCGCUAGCGGAACGAAUAGCAACCGCAGCAGUAUCGCCGAGAGUGAGCCUAACAGGGUCACUCUAGAGGAUAAGCCUAUGGAUGACUAA